AUGUCUUGGUUUACUAGAGCUCUCACACGCUACAAGUAUCAUGUUAUAGCUGCAGCAGCUGGAUCCUCCUUGCAUCUCUUUAAUCAUACUUGUUGCCACCAAGACUCAAUACUCAAAUACGAUGAAUUUAGUCUCGAACAAACGACUAUGUUAGUUAAGAAAGUAUUGAAAACACCACCAAACCCUUUUAUCAGAUUUACCGCUCAUUGCAAAGAAAAAAAAGAUUUGCACCAAUUUGAAUUCAUUGCAGAUGCUGCAGAGCAAGCUUUGCCAGCAGUCGUAUCAAUCGAUGUAAAGCAGCGACAGAACUAUGUUUUUGAGGUUCAGGGUUCUGGAUCCGGUUUUAUCGUAGACAAACGGGGUUACAUCAUCACUAACGAGCACGUGAUAACUGGCUGUAAAGGUGUUACCGUUGUACUUGGAGAUGGCAGGAAAAUACCCGGAACCGUUGUAGCGGUAGAUAGCCUAACUGACCUUGCUCUCGUUAAAGUGGAAACUGAUUUAGACCUACCUGAAAUAAGAAUGGGUGACGAUUCAAAGCUGAGGCCAGGGCAGUGGGUAGUGGCAAUCGGUAAUAGUCUUCACUUCCCCAAUACUGUUACAGCAGGCAUAGUGAGCAACACUGCACGCAGUAUUUCUGAUAAUGACAUGCUGAGACACCAGGCCCCCAAAGUUGGCACUUCUAAGUACGUUCAAACGGAUGCGGCCAUAAAUCCGGGUAGUUCAGGUGGGCCUUUGGUGAACUUGGCAGGGGAAGUUAUUGCUGUUAACACUAUUGGAGUCCUUGGCAACGCCAGUGGUAUGGCGUUCAGUAUUCCAGUGUCGGAAGUGAAAAGAUUUCUUAAAGAAUUUUCCGAAGGACAGCAGCACUCUUCUAGUAUUUCGAAAGUUACUUAUUCACUCGGACUACGCAUUAUCACUCUCACCCCUGGAAUGGCUAAUUUCCUUCACCAGCAGGGUAAACUUGACCCCAGUUUGAGUUCAGGUGUUUUUGUAUUUGACUCAGCUAAAAACUCACCAGCAUAUCAUGCGAAUCUUGAUAAAGGUGACGUAAUAAUAGCUAUAGACAACCACGAGGUACAUACUAAAGAUGAUCUCAGUAGGGCUGUGCAGCAGUCUGGGGGUAACCCUGUCAGAGUUACUUUCUUUAGGCCUGACAGGGGAUUUCUUUUCACUAAUAUAACACCUGAAAAAUCUUGAGGUCUCCGUUCUUUUCUAGUGGUUACUUAAUUGCAUAGUAAAUUUCUUAUCGGUUUUAUUAAAGUGAGUCAAUCUAUUUUUCGGUUAGCAACUUUUCACUUUUGUUUUCCAUUUUAUGCUGUGAUUUUUAAUUUAAAUGUGUGUUACAUUUUUAAAAACAACAUGCAAUCAUCAAUGCAAUUUAA